UCCGUCCUUUCAGCUAAUAUAAAACAAGGUUUUCAUGGUCACUGAGCAAUUCAGGAUUAUGUUUAAUACGAAUCGUGUACAUUUUAGUUCUUAACUUCUUAUUUAAUUUCAUUAUUUUUAGAGUUCGGCUGAGAAAAAGAAAUGAUUGAGACGAAUUUACGGAAAUUACAUACGGAUAAAAUGAAUUCGAAACCAAUUCGGUAUUGACACUAAAGUUACUCCAUAUUGAAAAUGGCGAAUUCAACUGUGUUAAGAGGAGACUAAAUUUGCGGUUAAAUUUGUGAAAACGUAAAACAUGAACCUUUGUAAGAAGCUUUACAAAGAUAUUUUGAAAUCGCCAAUUGCAUUGGUACUCCUAAUAUACCCUAUAUGCGUUAUUUACGACUACAAUCUGAAACACGACGUCCCGAAGUUUGUGCAUUCAGAGGAUUUAAUCGAUUUUACCGAUUCAAACAACGAAACUGGAUAUCCUCAUUACAUUAUUCCAGAUAUUGUUCACUUAAUUCGCUUCGAUAAUACAGACUUGACGUUCGUUGAUAUGGUCAACAUCAAAUCCAUACUUCUUAAUCACAAGCCGGAGAAGAUAAUCAUCCAUUGCAAUUGUCACAACUUAACAGGAAAAUACUGGGACAUGAUUAAAGACAUACCACAACUGAAAUUGCAGUAUAGAAAGAAACCAGAAUAUAUUUAUGGUGUAAAAAUUAGCUAUAUACAACACGCAUCUGAUAUCUCUCGUAUAGAAAUCCUUCAAGAAUAUGGAGGAAUUUAUUUAGAUAACGAUGUUUUUGUUGUUAAGUCACUACACGAUUUUCGAAGAUUCGAGUUCGUUAUCAAUUGCGAUAUAAAUCAAUAUUUAGGGACUCAAGUGAUAAUAGCGCAUAAGAAUGCAAGAUUUUUAAAAUAUUGGCACUAUUCUUAUAGGUAUUACCGACCCGACAAAUGGUAUUAUAAUGCUGGUGAAUUACCAUCAAAAUCGAUUCUUUUCGUGCUUCCAGAAUUUGCACAUAGAGUGGUUGGAGGAUUUGGAGUGGAUAUUAGUUUAAUUUACAUGUUAUACGGAGAAAGAAGCGAAAAAUGGAAGAAAUUUUACACGCUACAUCUUUUAAUACAUCAUCAUUAUAUGGCACCCAACGAUCGGCCAAAGAUUUUCGAUGAAAAUAACAUUAAAACCUAUAACAGAACCUACGGAGAUAUGGUCAGAUCUGUUUUAGGAAACGAAAUAUAGUUUAUAAGUUAACAAUUUUUCGUGUUUUUUAUUAUAAAAGCUAUAAGAAAGUGUGAUUAACUAAUAUAUAAUUAUGCAUUUGGAAAGAUUAUUUUUCAUUUUUGGACCCUUUCCGUUCUGCGAGUGCCUAUUUUCCAAGCUCGUUGUGGGUUCGGUCAGUCCAAGAACGGGGCAAUCUGGUGAUAAGGGGUAGGGCCCAUGAGAAAGGGAGUUCUUUGUCAUCCAGAGUCGAUCCGAGAUGGCUCAGAGCG